CUCAGGUUUACUCUGACAGCACAGAGCCUCUUCCAGAUCAAGCGGCAGUUGGACAAACUGGGGGAACUGGUUGUGAAAGUUACAUACGAGAGUGACCCAAUCCCACUACAAAAACCUCAGAUGGAGGAACGAGUUAAAUACCUUAUCUACCAUCUCAUCAAGAGCUCUUUUGUGGUGGAGAAGCAGCCCUGCAUGCCCACCCAUCCACAGAAACCUCUCAUCAUCAAGACCGGAGUGCAGUUCACCACUAAAGUCAGACUUUUGGUCAAACUCCCUGAAGUGGAUUAUCAACUAAAAGUUAAAACGACAUUUGACAAAGACCUCCCCCCUGGCAGAGUAAGUCGACAGUUUUUCAUCCUCACAAACAACACUAAAGUGAUGGACAUUGAGGAUUACUCAAACGGCUGCCUCUCUGUGGAGUUCAGACACUUGCAGCUGAAAGAGAAGAAAUACACCAAUGGCACCAAAGGAAACGAGGGUCUGCUGUCUGUGACAGAAGAACUUCACUCGUUGAGUUUCGAGGCCUGCUUCACGGUGCAGGGCCUCACCAUCGACCUGGAGACGUGCUCCCUGCCUUUAGUGGUGAUUUCCAAUGUGAGCCAGCUGCCAGGCGGCUGGGCCUCCGUCAUGUGGUACAACCUCCUGACCGACGAGCCCAGGAACCUGGGCUUCUUCGGGAACCCGACACGGGCCAGCUGGAGCCAGCUCUCUGAGAUGCUCAGCUGGCAGUUUUCCACCUUCGCUGGUCGAGGCCUCAACAAAGAGCAGCUGGAUAUGCUGGGAGAAAAACUGCUGGGCCAGCUUGUCUCAUGUGGGGACUAUCAGGUUUCCUGGUCCAAGUUCGCUAAGGAGAAUAUUCCCGGGAAACCCUUCAGCUUCUGGAUGUGGCUGGACUCCAUCCUGGAACUCAUCAAGAAGCACCUGCUGCCAGUUUGGAAUGAGAAUUACAUCAUGGGCUUCGUGAGUAAAGAGAUGGAGCGUGCUCUGCUGAAGGACCGGGAGCCGGGGACCUUCCUGUUACGCUUCAGCGAGAGCCACCUGGGAGGAAUCACCUUCACCUGGGUGGAGCACAGUGACAGCGGGGAUGUAAAGUUCAACUCCGUGGAGCCAUACACUAAAAACCGACUGAGCGCUCUGCCUUUUGCUGACAUAAUCCGUGACUACAAGGUCAUUUCAAAUGGAGGUGUUCCCGAGAACCCGCUCAAGUUCCUGUACCCAGACAUCCCCAAAGACGAGGCCUUUGGACGGCUCUACAACAGUCAGCCUAGCAAAGUCCAUCCAUACAUCCCAUCGACCCUGAUCCCCAUCUCAGAGCUGCGGUCUGAAGCCAGCACCACCCCCCGCUCCUGUCCGUCUCCCGAACCCCCGAUGACCCCCGGGGAGUUUGACAUGCUCAGUGAACACCUGUGCUUUGACAUCGACACCAUGAGCUCCCCGUAUUCAGAGUGAAGUUGGAUGACCAUAUUGAUCAACAGUGUUUCCACCAUUAUGCCAUCUCUUCAUAUAUAAAUGUUAAUUUUUCCUUUAAGAAAGAACCAGAACAUCUUUAAUAAAUGUAUUUAAUGUUUUUUUUUCCCUUCUUAUUUUGGGCUCCAAGCUCACCUUCAGAUCGAUGAUUGUCUGUAAAAAAGUAUUUUUAAAUAAAUUCAGAAAAGUAAACUAGUUUGCUGUCUUGAACAUGUGGGUUAUCUCACACCUUCGCCCCCUGCUGGCCACAAAGAACUACUGCCCAGUUUGGAGCUUUUACUUUGGUAACAGCUGGAGAGGAAGUCAGAAGUGAGUCACUCCCAUUCUGCCUAAAAAUCUCUCAUGGGCUGUGUUCGAAUUCAUGGACUGGAUCC